CAGCCCUAGCCGCUUGUUGCGUGGUGACGUCACAUUCUGUUUCCGGGUCCAAACAUCGGUUCGUUCUCCUCCUCUCCAUUCGCCACAGUGUUGUGUUCCCCGUCGCUUCAGUACGUCUGAGUCAAAAAUCAGGAUCAGACAGAGACACAUAGUUCCCGCUGUAGGAGGAGCCAUGUCGGGCGCCUCAGUUCCCGCAGUGUAAAUCCCGUUCAAGUUGCCAUGAUCCAGAUACCUAAUGUCUCUAAGCAGGGGCGGACUGUGAAACUAGUUGGCCCCUGGGCAUGGCCAAGUCAAAGGCCCCCAACCUCCUACAGACAGAGAGACGGAAUAACUGCAGAAGACAGACGCGAAGUGAAGGAAGCGGCUGAUUCCAGGAUGGAGCUUACAUCUUUACUUCAUGACCUUCAUCUUCCCGCCUCCUCGGAGAAGCCACGCCCCUCUCCCGCCCUCCCUCGAAUCACAGAGCUUCUGUCUCAGCUGCAGGUGAAGCUGACAGGUGCAUCUUCAGACUCUGAAACAAACUCCCUGAUUGGUGGUAUGGAGCACCUCCUCCAAGCAGCAGAUUCUCAUGGGCUGUUCUCAGCCAAUAAGGUGCCAGAACAGGAGGAGGGUUGGUGGGCGGAGCUUCAGGUGGCAUACGGCUCUCUGAUCAGUGUUCUGAUUGGCUAUGCUGCUUUGCCGCUCUGUGAGGACAACUGUAGCUCUCUGCCAGCUGCAGCCUAUGAGAGCGUCCCGAGCCGAGUCAUCCCAGUGUGCUCUGCCCUCAGAGUGCUGCUGGGAACUUUAGGAAACUGGGAGAGAGGGGGUGGAGCCAGAUGGGGAUUGACUGGUCUGCUGCUGGCCAUGGCUCCACCUGUGUGUGUCUUCGCUGUGACCCAUUUCCAGGAUCAGGUGUGGACCAGCUCGUCUUCCAGGGUGGCGGCACAGACCCUGCAUGAGGCGCUGCUGCGGGCGGGGGACUGGCGGGACUCUGCCCACCUCCUGAUGGGGGACAGGGGUGAGGACGAAGAGGAGGAGGGGAAGAGCAGGGGGAUUCUGGGAGGUGUCCUGGAUGUCCUGCAGCCUCAGCUCAGCAGGGACUCGUGGCAGCGCUGUGAAGCCGUGAAGCUGGUUUUUGCCUGGACUCUGCUGCAGGUGACUCGCCCCUCUCUCUCCCUUCACCUGCCUCGCCUCCUCCCCCCCUCCCUUCUCUUCAACGACCACUACAAACCAGAGAACUGCAUGCUGGGAGUUCGCUGUCUGCAUCACAUUGUGCUCAACACGCCUGCUGCGGAUCUCCGACAGUUCAACAGAGCAGACGUCGUCUACCAGGCCUUAUUCAAACACCUGUACACCACAGAGGCUGCUGUCGUACAGCUGGUCCUGCUUGGUCUCCUGGAUCUGCUGCUAGUUUUGGAGAAGCCCCCCUCCUCGCUCGCUCUCUCCUGCACACGGAGGAAGCCCUGUCGCCAUGACGAUGUCCUGCGACUGAUCCUGACACACAUGGAGGUGGAGCACAAGGUGGCGAUGCGACGUAUCUACGCCUCUGCCCUGCCUCUUUAUAUAGACAGGAUGGGUGUGGCAGUGUGCAGACACCUGCGGCGGCUGGACCGGGUGGUACUGGGAUACCUGGAGAUCAGAGAUCCACCUGAAGAGACAAACCGGCUGAAGAUCCUGGAGGCGCUGCAGAAAACGGCGAGAGCGGCCUGGCCCCGGAUGGAGUGCCGGGUUAACACAUUGCUGCGUUGCUUGUUGAAGCUGCUGGUUAACGUCUCUGCGGACUCUCAGCUCGGUGACUCAGUCAAACGGAAGCUGCUGAGUGAAGCCAAGCUCUGUAUCAAACUGCUGGAUGCCGGCUCACGUGGAAAAAUCCAGGUGCGUUUACCUGCACACUAGACCCCAGGUGUGUCAGUUAGUGCAGUCUGUGGUGCAGAUGUUUGACUGCCGUACUGUCU